AUGAGGAAGAAAACCAUAGCGCACAAGCCUCCUCGUGAAAAGGUGUAUAAGCUUCCCUCCAAGCCUUCCACUCGUUCCCAAGACCGAACCUUCACACCUUCACCAUCUCCUCCUACCUCUCCUCCUCGCACUGCUCCCAUGGCACGAACCAAAACCACACCAAGGUAUCCAGCCCCUGCCAAACCGAUGACACCACCUAAGGCAAUGCCAUCCAAACCAAGCUCUUCGAAACCUAGCUCAUCCAAGGGUAAGGGUCCUGCUGUUGAAGAACCUGUUCCUGAGACAACAAAACCUAAGCCAAGGUCUGUUCCUUUGCGCUCACAAAGAGGUAACCCUCAUCUCCCUCUCAAAUCUGUUAGAGAACCAGACAUUGAUCCUUUUGCUCACAAAUCGCACUUCAUGACAUCUCACUCAAACUAUAACCCCAUCGUUUCAAAUCUGCCAUGA